UCAAGAAGGCAGUCCAACUGCUAGAGCGUGUUGUCCACAUAGAAGCGGAGGUGCUCGCAGAUGACCAUCCUGAUCGAUUAGUAUCGGAGAGUACCCUUACUGCUUUCUAUGAGGAUAUGAAGAGAUCUAAAACAAGACAGGCGUCUGCAUCUUCUAGUGAAUACCUUGUGGCUGAGGAUAAGGGCCGAUGCCAGUUCGACCAAGCACCUGAGUUUUUGCAAGCGAUGUCCGACAACAAUAUCACAUCUAUAGCGUUGUCAGAUCAGUCACCAGCAGAGCAGGAACCGAAGUCAAGUAACACUUCAAAAAGAAGGCGGCUAAACGGAAUUUAAAGAAGGUCAAGUAGUACUGGUGUUUAUACUGCAAGCAGAAGAUUGUGGACAGCCAAAUCCCUGGACUACACGGUCAUUGGUAAAGAUAUGAUGGAUUGCCUUGAUGAAACUACAUUUUCUGCAGCAAUGUAUGAUAUAUGUCUCUUGCUCAGCCAAAGUUCUGCUAGUUGCUGAUACGUAGCUUCUCUUGGGCUUUUCAUCAUGCAGGGAUUGUUAAACGCGAAUCAUGGGCUUUUUGCCUAUACAAAGCAAAAUACUCUAAUUACGCAGCUAGUCGUUGACAACCGAUUUCCAGUCGAUGUUUAUAGAAUUAUAGAAGUUUUGGAUUUCUGAGACCGACUGUCUAUAUUUAUUGCAACGGCCGUGUUUUCAGCUUGAAUUAGC